CAAACCAUCUUCUCAAAUUCUUGAAAAAACUCUGCUACAUGUAAAUUCCCAGCAUUCUUAGAAGCUAAUUUCUUCACUAGAAAAUCACAAAAAUGUCCAAAAAAAUAAUAAUCUCAACUCCCAAAAUCCUUUUUUCCAUUCUCACCUUUCUGUUUUACACAUUCAAUGCAAAUUCUCAACCAAAUUCCAAUCAAGAAAAUACCAUUUUACUCAAGCUAAAACAACAUUGGUCUAGUUCUCCUAAUAUCACAAGCUGGAACUCAUCUUCAAAUCAUUGUUCUUGGCCUGGAAUAAUUUGUACACAUAAUUCAGUUACAGGAAUUCAGAUUUAUUUUGGACAAAUUUCUGAACCAUUACCACCAUUCAUUUGUGAUCUUAAAAAUCUCACCUUUCUUGAUUUAAACCACAACUUGAUUCCUGGACCUUUUCCUACUAUACUUUACAACUGUUCAAAUCUUGAAUUUUUAGACCUUUCUUUUAACCUCAUGAAUGGUACAUUACCUGAUGAUAUUAACCGUCUUUCGGUUAAUCUUCAAGUCCUUAACUUGACUUCAAACAACUUCACUGGUGAUAUCCCUUCAACAAUUGGUGACUUAAGUGAUCAGCUUAAAGAACUCGCGCUCGCGGGGAAUUUGUUUGAUGGUACUUUCCCUAUAGAAAUAGGUAACUUGUUGAAUCUUGAAUCUUUAGUGUUAAGUUUCAAUGGUUUUGUUCCACAAGAAAUACCAUCAAGUUUUAGUCAGUUAAAAAAACUGAGGAAUUUUUGGAUGACAGAAGCAAAUUUAGUUGGAGAAAUACCUGAAAAUAUUGGUAAUAUGACAAGUCUUGAAUUUUUAGACUUGUCCUUAAAUGGCUUAAGUGGUAAUAUUCCUAGUGGUUUAUUUCAGAUCAAGAAUUUGACCAUAGUUUAUCUUUACAACAACAGAUUAUCAGGUGAAAUUCCUCAGUCAAUUAUGUCACUGAAUUUAGAUGUUAUUGAUCUGUGUAAUAACAGCUUGACUGGAAAAAUACCUGAAGAUUUUGGAAAGUUGACAAAGUUGACUGGUUUGUCUUUGUUUUACAACCAAUUAUCAGGAGAAAUACCUUUGAGUAUAGGCAAAUUACCAUCACUGGUUACUGUUAAGUUGUUUGGCAACAAAUUAUCAGGUGAAAUUCCGCCUGAUUUUGGUCGAUUUUCAAAGCUUGAAGAUUUCCAGGUUUCACAAAACCAGCUUGUUGGCAAUAUACCCAAGGAUAUAUGUAACAACAAGGUGUUGUCAAAAAUGAUUGUUUUUGAGAACAAUCUUACUGGUGUACUACCUGAUUCACUUGGAAAUUGUGAGAGUUUGAAGUCCGUUCGCGUUGAGAAUAACAGGCUUUCUGGUGAGAUUCCAGGUGGAUUAUGGACAGCUGAGAAACUGUCAACUUUGUGGAUCAAUGAUAAUUUGUUCAGUGGUCAACUUCCAGAUAAAGUGGGAUCAAAUUUAUCCUCAGUUGAUAUCAGAAACAACAAGUUUUCGGGCGAGUUACCAACUGGAAUGGGUAGUUGGUACAGUUUAAUUGUAUUCAGGGCAAGUAAUAAUCUCAUAAGUGGUGAAAUCCCUCAAGAAUUGACUGUUUUACCAGAAUUAACUGAACUUUUGUUGGAUGGUAAUUUACUUUCUGGUAAUUUUCCAUCUAAUAUUACCUCAUGGAAAUCACUUGUUACUUUAAGUUGUAGCAAGAAUCAGAUAUCAGGCCAAAUCCCAACUGCACUUGGCCUAUUACCAAAACUCAUUGUUUUGGACUUGUCAAGUAAUCAAUUUUCAGGUGAAAUUCCAACUGAAUUAGGUAAGUUGAUUCUAACUUCACUUAACCUGUCAUCAAAUCGCCUAUCGGGUAAAAUCCCAGCACAGUUAGAGAAUGCAGCUUUCGAUAAGAGCUUCUUGAAUAAUCCUGGACUUUGUGCUAGUAAUCCAUCAGUUGGACUUAGUUCUUGUAAAGGGAAAAAGAAGUCGGACAAGUUUCCAGUUGAACUUGUUGCUGUUCUUGGUAGUGUAGCAGCAGUCGUUUUUCUGGUGGCGGUUUUAUAUAGUGUUUUUGUGUUGAGAAGUCACAGAAAAAGAAAGCAAGAAUUGGUCUCGACAUGGAAGCAGACAUCAUUUCACAAGUUAGACUUCACAGAAUCAGACAUUUUAUCCUAUCUGACCGAUAACAACACGAUAGGAAGUGGAGGCUCGGGACAGGUCUACCUCGUGCCCUUAAGCCGAUUAGGUAACCACGUUGCUGUUAAAAGGAUUUGGAGCAGCAACCAAAGGUUGGAUCAGAAACUUGAGAAAGAGUUUCUAGCAGAAGUUCAGAUAUUAGGCACGAUUCGACAUUCAAAUAUAGUAAAACUGCUUUGUUGCAUAUCCAAUGAAGAGUCCAAGCUUCUUGUGUAUGAAUAUAUGGAAAAUAGGAGUUUGGAUAUAUGGCUUCAUUCAAAGAAGAAGUUGAAUAGUGUCUCAGGUUUAGCACCAGAUAUGGUGUUGGAAUGGCCUAAGAGGCUGCAAAUUGCGAUAGGAGCUGCUCGCGGUCUUUGCUACAUGCACCAUGAUUGCUCGCCACCUAUUAUUCAUCGCGAUGUGAAGUCGAGCAACAUCUUAUUGGAUAGUGAAUUCAAUGCAAAAAUUGCAGAUUUUGGCCUAGCUAGGAUAUUACUCAAGCCUGGAGAUAACACAGUGACAACAGUAGCUGGCUCUUUUGGGUACAUUGCUCCAGAGUAUGCACGUAAAACCAGAGUGACUGAGAAGGUUGAUGUGUAUAGCUUCGGAGUCAUCCUUUUAGAACUAGUGACCAGAAAAGAAGCCAAUUUUGGAGACGAAGAUUCAUGUCUUGCAGACUGGGCAUGGCGCCAACUACAAAAAGGACACCCUAUAGUCGAUGUCUUGGAUGAAAACAUCAAAAAAUCGCGAUACUUGGAUGAAAUCUGCACUGUGUUUAAGCUUGGAAUCUUUUGCACAAGCACAUUUCCUUCAUCAAGGCCAACAAUGAAGGAAGUUUUGCAAAUCUUGCUCCAAUGUAACAACAAUUCACCUACAUCUGGUGAAAAGAAAGAUGAAACAGAACAUGAUGUUUCACCGCUACUCAAGAACUCCAGGAGUGAAAGGAUUGCAGAAAAUGAAGAUGAUGGUUUUACAUCACUUAUUUGAUGGCAUUAGAAUAUAUGAUAGGGUGAGAAUAGCAAAGAAUAAAAGGGCAGACCAGUGCACUAAGCUUCCGCUAUGCACGGGGUCCGAGAAAGGGCCGGAUCACAAGGGUCUAUUGUAUACAGCCUUACCUGCAUUUCUACAAGAGACUGUUUCUACGGCUCGAACCAGCGACCUCUUAGUCACAUGGCAGCAACUUUACCGGUUGAGCCAAGGCUCCCUUUCACAAUAGCAAAGAAUAAGACCAAAGAUAAUGUAUUAGAUAGUGAAAAACUAGGAUUGUACAUAUUGUAUUAGAUCCAUACUGUUGCUUGGCAUUGUUUUGCUACAGAAAUUUUCCUUUUUC